AUGGAGACACUGGCUUCAGUGUCGGGGAUGGGACCGCCCAGCCGCCCCGAACUGGGCGCGGGAGAGACUGACCGCUCGCCAUCGAGAGGCUACUCGUUCAGGAACGAUCUCUCUGAAACGCAUGAUCAACUCAAUAGGCUAAAGAAAAUGAACGAAUUUCUGGAGGCUGAGAACACAGAUCUGAGGCGAAGGCUUCUAUCUCAGCUGGAUCGGUAUCCGGACGCGACCGAGACUCGGCAGCUGGCGCGGCACUACGGCUCGCGAUUGGCGAAGGACUUUGCGGACGUGAUUGAUGAGAACAAGUACCUGAAGGUGAAGCUGCAGAGUGCGCAGCGUGCAGAGGCCCGUGCUGAGGUCACAGCGUCUAACCUCGCAGACGCCCUGCGCAGCGAGACUGAGCGCGGCUUCGCGCGGAGUAUCGCCGCCGACCGCUGCGACCCGUACGCGCUCGAGGGCGGCGCGGGGGACAGUGGACGCGUCUCCUCGGCGCUGCGCCGCGUGCAAGACGCGCCGCUCCCGCAGGCGCUCCUUCGAGACGGCAAGCACGUCCGCCUGCGCGCGGAGGCCAGCGAGCACUGCCUCUGCACAGAGAAGCUCCAGGAGCUGCUCGACUCGCUGGACGAGAAUCUGAAGAGCUACGAACGCAACGUCUGGCAGAUGCAAGUCAACGUCCUCGAGGACGAACGCAACGAGCUCUCCAUGAAAGUCGUGGCUCUGCGCCAGCGUCUGGCAGACGUCCAGGCGCGCAUCAUGGGUGACCCGUUCCUCGCGAGCAAAUACGCAGAGGCGACGGGCGCCGGCGGCAGAGUCCCUGCGACGCAGCUGCAGCUGAGAGAAGCCGCGGCCAAGCUCGCCCUCGCCGAAGAUGUCAACACGGAGCUGGAGAGGCGUCUCGCGUUCGAGAGGAACAUUUCGAGGAGCUGGCAGAGCAAUCUUCGCGCCAUGCAACGCGAGCUUCGAGAUCAUCUGGCAGACUUGGCAGUUGCGUCCCGGUCGAGCGGCAUGCGCUGCGACCUCUUCCGCGGAGAAAUUCUCCAGGCGGGGCAAGCGGCCGCGCACAGCGCCGUCGGCGCGAUUCCGUACGCUGAGCGCGAGUCCCUGCGGCUCCUCCGCCAAGCCCGAGACCGCAUCGAGGCGGACGCGAAACGGCUUGAGGUGUAUUCGUCGCGAAUUUCGGACUUGGAGACCGAAGUGAAAGACUUACGGAUUUCGAACUCGAGUCUCGAGGCCGGGAUGACGCGGCUCUACGCUCGCGAGAAGGAGCCUGCUGGCGCGGGCUUCUCGCUCGCCUCGCUCUCCUCUCCGCUGUCGAUGAGCGGCACGCCGGCCAGAGCCGGCGACGUCUUCCAGUCGGGACUCCUCGUCGCACGGCAAGUCCUGGCAGACCGCCUCGUGUGCACUCACGCUCUGCGCGACAUUGAGCGCCGGCGCACCGAGCUGCAGACUGAGAAGCAAAGGCAUCCGCGCCGGUUCGUCGUCGCCGGCUUCGCGGCGCGCAGUGCACGCGCAGACUUAGCUGAGGCGGGCGAACUCUUCGCCUCUGAGCGCCGCCGCAGAGAAGAGGAGCGGGAGCGGCGAAGGCGGAGGCGCCGGGCGAAGGCGGAGGCGCUGCGCGACGAGGAGGCGCGCAGCGAGCCGAACGAAGAAGACGUCGAGGAGGCGGAGGCGAUCCGCGUCCGCCUGCCGCCGUCGGCGCUGAGCCUCGACAAGGAUCGUGAGCUCGUGCGGCAAGUCGAGCUCUUGCGCCGACUCGCGGGCGGCGAGGAGAAGUUCCGCUUCCCGCGCGUCCCGCUUGUACCCGAGCAAGCCGAGGCCGAGGCGGAGAAGCGCAAGCGCCAGAAGAAGGAAAGCCGCUUCGUCGAUCGCGGCUUCACUGAGCGCGGAGGACACGUCGGCGCCUCCAGAGAGGAUACGCCAGAAGGAGACGACGCGGCAAGCUCCUACCGGUUUUCCCCUGAGCUGCGCGAGCGGAUGGGCGAGGAAGAGGGGGCGGUGCGGCAGGCGGCGGAAGACAUAAAGGACAAACUCUGCCAGCAGGAGGCGCUGAAGGCGGAGCGGCAGCGCCUGAGACUCGAGAUGGAGCGCGAAACGCAAAUGAUGGCUAGAGAAAUCGAGAGGGAACGCAGCGCGAUGAUGCGGCAUCUCGAAGAUGAGCGCCAGCGUCGAAGAGCCGAGAUCGAGGAAGAAGAGCGCCUACGCAGAGAGAGGGCGCGCGAGAGAGAAAAGGAGGAGGAAGCCUACUGGCGGGAGAGAGAGGAGCGGAGGAGAAGAGAUGAAGAAGAAGACGAACAGAGACGCCGCGAACGCGAGCGGCGUUUCAUGGAAGAAGAAGAAGAGAGGGAGCGGAGGCGCGCACAGCGGCUGCGAGAAGAAGAGGAAGAGCGACAGCUCCGCGCCGAGUGGAGAAAGAGAGUGGAAGAAGAAGACCAGAAACGAAGGCAGAAUGGAGACGAACGGGACAAGGAUCGGCAUGCACAAGGCCGGACAACUGACGGGCGCGAGGAAGAAGAAGCGAGACGCCGACGGCAGCGAGAGGAAGAGGAAGCAGAGUGGAAAAGAAAGCAAAGGCUAAAAGAGGAAGAAGAGGCCGAGAGUCUUAGAAAGCAACGGCUCCAAGAAGAGGAGGAAGAAGAGAAGAGACGGAAACGGCGACUCCAGAAAGAGGAGGAAGAAGCUGAGAGACGAAGGAAACAGCGGCUUCAAGAAGAGGAGGAGGAAGAGAGGAGACGGAAACAGCGACUCCAGGAAGAGGAGGAAGAAGCUGAGAGACGAAGGAAACAGCGGCUUCAAGAAGAGGAGGAGGAAGAGAGGAGACGGGAACAGCGACUCCAGGAAGAGGAGGAAGAAGCUGAGAAACGAAGGAAACGGCGGCUUCAAGAAGAGGAGGAAGAGAGGAGAAGGAAGCAGCGGCUUCAAGAAGAGGAGGAAGAGGAGCUGAGACGGAAGCAGCGGCUUCAAGAAGAGGAGGAAGAAGCUGAGAGACGAAGGAAACAGCGGCUUCAAGAAGAGGAGGAGGAAGCUGAGAGACGAAGGAAACAGCGGCUUCAAGAAGAGGAGGAGGAAGCUGAGAGACGAAGGAAACAGCGCCUUCAGCAGGAAGAAGAAGCUGAAAGGCAGAGGAAACAGCGGCAGCGGGAAGAGGAGGAAGCAGAGAGGAAGAGAAAACAAAAACAAGUCGAGGAAGAAGAGGCCGAAUGCCUCCGGAAGCAAAAGGAGGAGGAGGAAAAGCGACAGAAACAGCUCGAGCAGCAGAAGGAAGAAGCGGAUAGAGCUGCAAAAGCGCAAGCAGAAAAGGCGCAAGAGAGUCACUCAACGGCCAAUGGCACGCAAGAGACGCAGACAACAGUGCCAGACAGCUCACCACUUGCGCCCCGUGCAUCCCCUCAAAAACCCUCCACAGCCUCCGGCCGCUUCAGGGAGGUGACUGCGAAGGUGCGCGCGAUCGCGUUUUUUGAGCGCGUGCGGAAGCAGGAGCGGCCGGUCACUGUCGGCCGCACGGAAGUGAACAGAUCAUCCCCGCCGCGUGCUAUCGUUGCACCGGCAGCGCCACCCACUGGUCAGACGUCUCCUUCCAGCAUGGUAUCGACGGCUGCAGCGACUUCGGGCGAGGACGAGGAGUCGAGCGAGAGCGAGACCGAGGCCUCUGGGCGUCAGGACUCGCCGCGCACUGCGCUACGAGACAAGCUUUACGACAAAUAUAACAAUCUCGCGAACGCCUUCAAACACAUGGAUAAAGAAGGCACCGCCGUGGUCUCGCUUCGCCAAUUCGCGGAUUUCCUGGAUGAAUCUGGCCUCGAUUUCCCCUUCGCGACCGUCCAUGAUUUGUACCGGCAGCUCUCGCAGCCCGCCAACGUGCUCACUGAGCCGCUGAUGUACAGAAACAUGGAGGGCGAGGCGUCGCUCACCCAGCUCGACAAGCGCCUGGAGGACAUUUUCGGCAACACUAGCGUGCCGUUCGAGCAGGAAGGCAUUGAGGCGAACGGCCGCGUUCCUGAGGACGUCUUCGUGCGAGUCGCAGGCAAAGCCGGCCUCACCCCCGACAAUGCCAAGAAACUCUGGAAGCAAAUGGAUGUCCUCAAGAGCGGACACCUGCAGCUCGAGAACGUCCUUCUGCUCCUUGAAGACAACGUCGAGCUGUCAGAGGUUCGGCGCGUCGAGGAGGAAGUGUCGCGUUCCGAAGGCGGCUUUCUGAACCUCUUCGGGGCGACGCCCGUGGCGCCCUCGCCGCAGCCCAAAGUUGGGCGCCACCAGACCUACGGCCGGCCUAUGGCGUUAACGCGGAAGUUGGCUAUGGGCUUCACCGAGGCACAGGCCGCGGUGGACGACAUCCUCGAGUCGAAUACGCCGUGGGACAUUCUUCUGCCGGCGACACGUCUGGAGAUGAUCAAGAAAAUGACAAAGGUCCUCUACGAGCCUGAGGAGAGAAUCCAGGAAGCGAACGAUCCCAACUGCCCCUUCUACGUCCUCGUUUCUGGAACCGUGCAGCUUCUCACGCCUGGCCUGCUCAUGGAGUCCGUUGCAGGUGAGAAGACCGCGCCGACGGUUUUGUUCGGAGAAGAGAUGGUCGAGGACCGCGCGAACUCCGAGGCGGUGAAGGCCCUGACGAAAGUGAAGGCCUUCGUCUUCUCCCGCGAGGAGUUCAACAGCGGCAUCAAGGAACUCGAGAUGGAGAGAAGAAAGAAGGUCGAGGAGUACAUGGGGUUGAUAAAGAUCGUCCCGGUCCUCAACAAACUCGUGGGCGGCCUGGCUCGCCGUCUCGCAAGAAGCUUCGAAGAACAGACAUUCCAAGACGGCGAACCCAUCAUCCGCGAGUUCGACGAGCCAGACAACUUUUACUUGGUCAAGCAGGGCGAGGCGGCCGUGGUGAAGUAUAUGAAGGUCCCGGGCAGCGAGGAGCGCGAAGAGACGGUUGUGCGCCUGUACCAGAGCGGCGAUUACUUCGGCGAGAUCUCUAUCAUCAAAAACCAGACACGAACGGCGACAAUCAAAGCCAAGGGAGAGUGCACGGUGUUGUCUCUGCCGAAAGCGGACUUCAACGCGCAGCUCCGAAAGUUCGAGGCGGACUUUAUUCGGCGCGCGGGGCGCGUGUACACCGCGAAGGGACAUUUCGAGAAAGGAAAAAAAAAACCGAAGACGCCGGAAGUGCAGCCGACCUCCGUCGUGGAGCCCGACGACACGCAAAGCGCCGGCUCCUCGGCGGAGCGCUGCGACUCUAGCGACGACGAGACGAAAGCGAAGCUGAUUGAGGACAUCCUAACCACUGAGCAGAUGAAGAUGCGCGACGAGUGCAUGCUCCUGCUGGAAGCAGUUCCAGUCCUGAAAGACUUGCCCCUCGAGCGACGCGAAAAGAUCAUGCGAGCAAUGACGCUCGAGUGCUUCUUCCCCAACACGCCGAUCAUUCUCCAGGGCGAAGAGCCGCACAGCUUCUACGUCCUCAAGACCGGCACUUGUGCAGCGGAGCUCUGGGUAGGCCCAGGAAAGCCUUUCAGGAAACUGAAGGAGUACAACUCUGCGUGCUACUUUGGAGAAAUGUCCAUCAUCAAAGACGAGCCUCGCGGCUGCUACGUCGUCGCCAAAUCGCCUGUGCAGCUGUACGCGCUGACCGGCGAGCACUUCAAAGAUCUCUUGGGCGACUGUUACCCGGCCUUCAUCGAGUACGCGCAGGCCCAGUAUGAGCAGGAAACGACGAAACGGCAAGAGUCGCUCGCUUCCAUUUCCAGCGAGCGCGAGAGCGCCCAGCCGACCGUGGACUCUGCAGAUAUCAUGAAGCUGCUAGUCAAAGUGCCGGUCAUAAACAUGCUGUCAACGAGCGAGCUGGAAGCUCUCACGCAUGCGUUCAAGGUAGAGUCCUACCAAGAGCGCGAAGUCAUUAUCCACGAGGGAGAAGCCGCAGAGAAGUUUUAUAUCAUUUACUCCGGCAGCGUCUCCGUGCAAAAAGUAGUGGGAGAUGCGCACCAGGAAAUCGUCGUUUUGAACGAAGGAGAGUAUCUGGGAGAAAUCGCAUUCCUCAACGAACAACCUCGAACCGCCAGCUGCGUCGCAAAGACCGACGUUCAGCUUUUAUCCCUCACGCGCGAAGACUUCAAGGCACACCUCGGGGCUCUCGCAGAUGCGUUUCUCACUCAAGCGGAGUCCAAAUACAGCGGAUCGAAGCAGGAGGAAAUUCCUGAGUGGCUAGUGGAGGCUGGCGAGCAGGGCGCGUUCUACGACCCGAACGCGCCGCGGAAGGACGACGACGACGAUGUGCCGACGUCAUCGUUCCGCGGCACAGUGGAUCUCGACAAGGAGAAGGAGAUGUACAACAAGAAGAAGGAGCGGAAGAACAGUAGCUCGAAGACGAAGAAGUCCGAUGCCGAGGCGGGCACAGCUGCUCGCGCCUCGGCAGGCGGCGAGAGCGAGAAGGGCGCCGACGCAGGCGCCGAGGAGACGCGGCGGCAGGCUGAGGCCGAUGCGGCCUCCGAGGGCGAAGGCGAGGAGAAGAAAAAGAAGAAGAAGAAAGGCAAGGGAAGCGACGAAGAGAAGCUCGAAAAGGACGAGACAAACAAGGCCGCCUCCACAAAAACGCAAGCGAAGCGCCGGAUGUCGCUCGCAGGCGGCGCGGCGCUGCUCGCCGCUGCAGCUGCCGCGAAGGCUGCGGGCGGAGAGCCUCAGGACGGCGACUCGGAGGAGAAAGACAAGGCUCCGGAGGCGACUGAAAAGAAGAAGGAAGAGAAAAGGGGAAAGAAGAAGAAGAAAUCCAAGGACAAGGACGAGGAUAACGACAGAGACAGAGAGGCCGAAGCAACACAAGUCGCGGAGAUUCGGGCGCUCGUCCGAGGCACGCUGAAAAACAAAUACGGCUCCAUUGCGCAAGCAUUCCAACAGAUCGACGGAAACCACUCAGACAAUGUCGACUUCGACGAAUUCGCUGCCUUCGUGAAGGACUUGCGCGUGCAGUCGCUGCGGAAGAAAGACAUCCAGGCGCUGUUUGACGAUUUGUGCCAGCCGCUCAAAGGGACGCUCACGGUCGCGAAUUUGUAUCGCAACAUCGACAAGAAGGACAACUUGACCAAGGCCGAAAUCAACUUGCGCUGGGUCGACAUCUUCGGCUCGUCGCGGAAGGCCUUCAAGGCCGUCGUCAACCUCUCGGCGCGAGACGACUGUACAGCUGAAAACUUCAUAAAGGUCGCCGCUGCGGCGGGCGUGUCUGAGGAGAACGCCAUGUCGAUCUGGAAGGAGCUCGACAAACUGCAGAAGGGCUCUAUGCAAACAAAGAUCAUUUGUGGUUACAUGACAGGCGAGUUGACGGUAGACGAGGCCGCGGCGAAGGAGGAGGAACAUAGCUCAAUUGGGAGCCGCUUCCUGAAUUUCUUCGGCGGCGGCGACAGCGACGAUGAAGCUGAGAAGAGCAAGAACUCGACGACGCAGGGCGACGAGGAGAAGAUCAAAGAGGCGCUCAAGUGGGAGGACAUGGCAAUUGUGCAGCGCGACGAUCACCGCGCCUAUCCGUCCUGCACGAAGCGCAUGGUCGACGGCCUCGAAAACCAAGAGGGUUUCUCCUACCUCCAGCUGCUUCAGCUCCGCUACGUCGCCUCACUCAUGAAGCGCGAGUGCAUGACGCAGGGCACGCGCGUGGUCGAGGCGGGCGACGAGGCCUGCAUGGUGUGGUGCGCCUGGGGCGGCUUCAAAAUCGUGCAGGCAGGUUUCUUCGGCGAGAGCGAGACGGGCACGGUGGGGCCUGACGAGUUUUUUGGCUUGUCAGAGUUGGUCAACGACACGCCGAUCAGCGCGAGUCUCGUGACCGAGGUCGACAACAGCAUCUUGUGGGUGUUGGAGCGCGACACGUACCACGACUUGAUUAAGGACAUUCUGGAUGCGCGGCGAGCUGUGGUGCCGAUCAUCGAAAACUUUUUGACGUCGGUUCCCAUCAUCAAGGACAUGACCAAGGAGGAGAUCGGCAAGGUCGCGCGGGCCUGCAAGAUCGAGACCUUCUCUCCGCACCAGACCGUCUUCCGAGCUGGCUCCGCUGGCGACAUGUUCUGCUUCAUCUUCGAAGGCGAAAUCACAAUGUUGAAGCCCAUGGGUGCCGGGCAGGAACCCAUCGAACUCGGCAGGCUCCAGGCUGGCAUCUACUUCGGAGAAAUGGGAGUCAUCAAAAACCAGCGACGCACAGCCUCCAUCAUCGCCGCCACAGAGCUCACUCUCUUCUGCCUCGACAAAGGCAGCUUUGAGAAAGUCCUCGGACGCGUCAAAGGGAAAAUGAUUGAGCGCGCCGAGUCCAUGUACAAGCGACAAGACGUGUCAACGACGGAUCCGAAGGAGAACGAAGAAACGAGUGCGCGGGCGUCGCCCUCUGCGCCUGCAGGCCCGGGGUCGGCGGCGGGGCCUGCAGGCGCAGAGGGCGACCAGUUCGUGAAGAAGCGGACGCGCAAAAGUUCGCUGGCUCUGCUGCAGUACGCGAAGAUCCGCGAGGGCGGCAGCGGCGAGGGCGAGGGCGAGAAGAAGUCCCCCAGCGGGACAGGAGGGACGAGCGGCGAGGAGGAAGAAGAAAAGGAGUCGCGCUGGGCGAUGGCGGAGGACCCGCAGACGAUUCACCACCCCCCGCCGCCCGACGCCAUGCCGAAGAAGUCAGCCAUCCGCACGAGCUCGAACAAGUCUGUGGGCAUCAAAAACUCUGUGUUCUUCGACGAGGCCACGCUGCUGCCCUCGCCGCCGUCGUCCGACGAGGAAGAAGGAUAA